UUGGAAACCAAUAGGUCAGUUCACCCGCCAUGUCGACGUGUAGCCGCAUCGCGGCCGCGGAGGAGACGAACAGGCGUUCAUUCCCCGCGGAGGGCUGCACCGCGAACGCGGCGAACACGGUAGUUCGGAAACACCGAACCAGUAGCCGACACGUGGACAUAGAUGAUGCGGCCCGGCGUUGACUAUAACUAACUGCCGUGUGCGGUUGACGCACUACUCUCUCAUGGGCGGACUGCACAAGUUUAGACCACCAAAGAAGCUCUUCGGUCUUCACCUCCAUCGUACCCCUCUCUCUUCCUGCACCACCGGCCACCGCCGAACCCCGCACUGGACCUCGUCAAACCACAUCCUCCAGAAUCAUCCUCGCUUACUCUCCCUCGAGGCUUGCCCCUCGCUUCCCGGCCUUCGAGCCACCCUCGCCUUCGCCGUCGUCUCCGGUCUCUUCCACAACCCCUUCGUCUCCAGCCGCCUCCUCCUCCACGCCACCUCCUUCGACUUCGCCUUUUCCUCCCUAAUUUUUCGAUGUAUGGAAUCUCCGAACCUUUUCUCCUGGAACACCGUCAUCAGAGCCGCCGCGGCCUCUGACGACCGGCGCCCCUCGGUCGCCUUCUCCCUGUACGCCGAAAUGCUACAGAGAGCCACUCUUCCAGAUAAGUACACCUUCCCUUUCUUGCUCAAGGCCUGCCGUUCCCCCUGUGAUCUUGGUUAUGGCAGACUAUUCCAUUGCCAUGCAAUGAUCUUCGGUCUCGGCAAUGAUGCAUUCAUGCAGACUGCACUCAUGUCGAUGUACUUAUCGUGUGGGCAUUUAGUUGACGCACGUCACGUGUUCGAUGAGAUUACUCAAAGGGAUGUUGUCGUCUGGACUGCGACGAUCUCGGGUCUGGUCGAUAGAUGUUGCCAUGAGGAUGCUUUUGGGGUGUUCAAAGAGAUGAGAAUGUUCGACCAAGAUGUCACUCCUAAUGUGGCGACCAUGGUUUCAGCCAUGUCGGCGGUUGUGGGCUUAGGGUCUUUGGCUCUUGUCAAGAGCUUGCAUGCUAACAUGGAGAAGGUAGGUUUGGAAGGUGAUGUCUUUGUUAGGAAUUCACUGAUCGAUGCAUAUGCCAAAUGCGGAAGCAUUGCUUGUGCCUUGCAAGUGUUUGAUAGUAUGAGUGUAAAGGAUUUGCAUUCUUGGACAGCCAUGAUAACGGCUUUAGCUUCGCAUGGCCUUGGCAGGGAGGCCAUUGAAGCAUACUCAAGGAUGUGUGAAACGGGUGUGUUGCCAGAUUCCACUACUUUCAUUGCUGUCCUUUCUGCUUGCAGCCAUGCUGGAUUAGUGAAUGAGGGGAUUGAGAUCUUUAAUUCUAUGGAAAGGGCUUACAAAGUUGUUCCCGAGCAAAAGCAUUACGGAUGCAUGGUGGAUCUUUUGAGUCGGGCAGGCCUCUUAGCUCGCGCAUACAAUUUCAUCAUAAGAAUGCCCAUGAAACCCAAUUUGGCGAUACUGGGUGCUUUAUUGAGUGCAUGUAGAGCUCAGAAUGACUUAGAACUAGGUGAACUUGUUGCGAAGAAAAUUGAGUCAUUAUGCCAAUAUAAGGGAGGUGCAGAUGUCCUUUUAUCUAACAUGUAUGCUGAUCAGCAACGAUGGCACGGAGUGGUUUCUAUAAGAGAAGCAGCAAGAAAGGAUGCAAAAAAGCCUCCUGCACAAAGUUGGAUUUGAGGCGGGAACAUACUUGAUAAUUUCUUGGUUGAAUUCUGGUCACAUCCGCAUCCUAAUCAGAUGCUUUUACUGCAGGAGGGUCGAGAAGGUUCUUUGAUAUAUGGCUUCUCUCUUCAUGUGCUUGAUCCUCUCUCAUAAUGGAAUGCCCCAGUGGGAAUGGAAGUAGCUUGAUAAACUGCAGAAAGACAAUGCAAGGUCUUUAUGAAGCUUCUCAAUUUCAAGUAGAAGUGGCUGAUAGGACAAGGCUUUAAUGAUGAUGGAGAUUGGUACCAGUUGUUCUCUACCUGUGAUUUUUAGAGCUUAAUUUUGAUGAAUAAAUAAGGAGAUCUAGUGUCAACA